GGGCGAACCACGACCCGGGAACCUUGGAUGCUGGCUGUCCACCAACUCCGUGACCUCAGCUGCCUCCCAUCUGUUCCUCUAGGCAUCCUCCCACGCCGGCCCCAACACCUCUUCUGCGACUCAAUUGCUGGCUGUCAGCUUGGUGACGCUUCCACCCGAGGCCGCCACCUCCUCAUCCCGCGCGCUACCUGCCCGGCAGCCUGUCUCGGUCCGGACGAUAAACGUGGCCUCCAUCCCCCCAUCAAUAUAGCCUAGCGUCGUCAGUGGGCGCAACAGUCACGCACCACUCCUCCUGUCCUCUCAGCCCGUAGUCGUGCUCUUGACACCACAGCUCGACGUCUUCAGCUCUUGAAUCGUCACCGCCUCCGAACCAACAGCUCCACGACAGCGGGAACCCCUCGACCGCGCCGCCAUGGCCGCCCCAAACGAUGGCUACGGCCAAUACCCCCCUCAGCAGCAGUACACUGAGGAGGGCCAGUACCCUGCCGAGCAGCCUGCAUUCGAGCAACAGGGCUCACCGGCACCGCCUGCUGGCGGCGCCUACCAGGCCCCCGACCAAGGCAAGAAGAAGAAGAGAGGUUAUGCCACCCAGGCUUUCGAAUACGGUACCGGCGGGAAUGCCAGUGCGACGCCGCUUGGUGGUACUGGAGGAGCAGCACCAGCCACUCCCGGAUAUCCUGGCCAAAACUUUCAGCAAGGCGGCUACCCAUCGCCUACUCAAGCUGCGCCGUAUGGCCAGCAGCAACAGGGCAUCCCGGGUGGUCAGCCCUCCGUCGGCGGAUACCAGGCUCCUGAUCCAUACUACAACGCUGGCGCGGCGCCGGGCUUGUCAGGCAUGGCGGGAAUUACGUCUAACAUGGCUGGCAUGAACCUGGGAGGGCAGCAGCCAGCCCAGCAGCAAAUGCCCCAGCAGCAGCAGCAGCAGCCGCGCCCAGCGUUGAAUCAGCUGUACCCCACAGAUCUGCUCAAUCAGCCCUUUAAUGUCUCCGAACUGGAUCUGCCGCCACCGCCGUGUAUCCUUCCUCCUAAUUCGAGCGUCACUCCAUCACCCACAGCCAACUGCCCGCCAAAGUACAUGCGCUCUACUCUCAACGCAGUUCCCACCACACACUCUCUGCUUAAGAAGUCAAAGCUUCCCUUUGCGCUGGUCAUCCAGCCAUAUGCGGCGCUCCAUGACAUUGACGAUCAGGUUCCUGUUGUGCAGGACCAAGUCAUCGCACGUUGCCGGAGAUGCCGAACAUACAUCAACCCUUUCGUCAUCUUCCUCGACCAAGGUCAUCGAUGGAGAUGCAACAUGUGCAAUCUCACCAACGAUGUUCCUCAGGCCUUUGACUGGGACGCAGCCGCGCAGAAGAGUGUGAACCGCUGGGAUAGAGCCGAGCUGAACCAUAGCGUGGUCGAGUUUGUUGCGCCUCAGGAGUACAUGGUGCGGCCGCCUCAGCCCCUAGUCUACCUGUUCUUGUUUGACGUCAGCUAUGCCGCCGUCUCGUCUGGACUCCUCGCGACCAGCGCCCGUACUAUUCUCGAUAGCCUGAACAGGAUACCAAACGCAGACAGGCGGACUCGGAUCGGAUUCAUCGCCGUUGACUCCAGUCUCCACUACUUCGCGAUUCCCAAGGAUACCGAUGAGAAUGCCGAGACGAGUAUGCUUGUGGUCAGCGACCUCGAUGAGCCUUUCCUGCCGGUGCCCCAGGAUCUCGUGGUGCCCCUCACCGAAAGCCGAAACAGCAUCGAAAACUUCCUGACCAAGCUUCCCGAAAUGUUCCAGAACAACCAAGACAAUGGCUCAUGCAUGGGCUCGGCUCUACGUGCUGGUCACAAGCUCAUCUCGCCUCUGGGUGGUAAGAUGGUUGUGCUCAGUGCUUCGCUCCCGAACCUCGGUGUCGGCAGCCUUACCAUGCGGGAGGACAAGAAACUGUUGGGCACUUCAAAGGAGAGCUCACUACUUCAAACAGCCAACAGUUUCUACAAGUCUUUCGCGGUCGAGUGCUCUAAGAACCAGGUCUCUAUCGACAUGUUCUUGUUCUCUUCCCAGUAUCAGGAUGUUGCCUCCUUGAGCAACCUGCCUCGUUACACUGGUGGACAGACAUGGUUCUACCCCGGGUGGAACGCAGGCCGCGCUGAAGAUGCCAUCAAGUUCGCUUCCGAGUUCAGUGACUUCUUGUCUUCUGAGAUUGGUCUAGAAGCUGUCCUGAGAGUCAGAGCUACCACUGGUCUUCGCAUGAGCACAUUCUACGGUAACUUCUUCAACCGGUCGUCGGAUCUCUGCGCGUUCCCCGCGUUCCCUCGCGACCAGUGCUACGUUGUUGAGGUUGCCAUUGAUGAGAACCUGCAGAAGAAUGUGGUCUGCCUGCAGGCUGGUGUGCUCUACACGACCUGUAAUGGAGAGCGCCGCAUUCGUGUCAUGACUCUCGCCUUGCCUACAACGACUAGCAUGGCUGAUGUCUAUGCAUCAGCUGAUCAGUGUGCCAUCACGACCUAUUUCAGCCACAAGGCCGUCGAGAGAGCUCUGAGCAGUGGCCUCGAUGCUGCACGCGAUGCGCUGCAGAGCAAGCUCAUUGAGCUCCUUCAGACAUUCAAGAAGGAGCUGGCUGGCGGCAGCAUGGGUGGUGGCGGCCUGCAAUUCCCUGCGAAUUUGCGCGGCCUGCCGGUUCUGUUCCUCGGUCUCAUCAAGAACGUUGGCCUGCGCAAGUCUGCUCAGAUUCCUUCGGAUUUGCGCUCGGCUGCCCUCUGCCUGCUGUCUACACUGCCACUGCCGCUAUUGAUGCAGUACAUCUACCCAAGGCUGUACUCGCUGCACGACAUGCCCGACAAUGCGGGUGUGCCUGACCCUGAGACUAGUCAGAUUGUCUUGCCUCCGCCAGUCAACCUUUCAUCUGAGAGAUUCGUCUCAUAUGGUCUCUAUCUAAUCGAUGAUGGGCAGACCCAAUUCCUCUGGGUUGGACGGGAUGCUGUGCCGCAAUUGCUUGAAGACGUCUUUGGGGUAGCCGAUCGCACUCAAAUCCGGGUGGGCAAGGGGACCAUUCCCGAGCUGGACAACGACUUCAACGAGCGUGUCCGCGCCGUCAUUCAGAAGAGCAAGGACCACCUGUCUCGUGGUGUUGGCAGCAUCAUAGUGCCGCACUUGUACAUCAUCCGCGAGGAUGGCGAGCCCAGCCUCAAACUGUGGGCUCAGACACUCCUGGUUGAGGAUCGGGCGGACCAGGGAAUGAGCUUCGGGCAGUGGAUGGGUUCGUUGAGGGAGAAGGUUGUCCAGUAAAAAAGUAGCUGUCAUCGAGCACGUGAGCCGAGGCCGUCCGACUUAUGCCAGAAAGAAAAGUUUGAUGGCUCUGGCCGCCGCUAUGGCGCCCAAUGGGGAUAGUUGAUGAUUAUAAAUAGUGACGCCGCUUCUGCUCAGACGGACAUGUCAUGAUCAUACAGAUAGAUGAAGAGGGUAGCGCAAGAAAAAAGCAAAAUAAUCUACCUAAUCACAGAGGACU